AUGCAUGUCCAAUCGAACCCCUCCUCUGGGACAGCAACACCUAUUAAUGCAGUCCCGACAACUCUUUCAUCGAUGCCAUAUCAACACCGGGCUCACAACAUGCACCAACCAACCAACAAUGCCUAUACUCCUCAGGAGUCUUUCGAGAUAGUCUCGCGCAUGGGCGUCAAGAAGGCGUAUAUGCGUGUCGACAAGAGCUUCCUCAGUGCCUGCUCCGCUGGCAUGAUCUUGUCUUUCGCAUGCGCAACGCUCAUCUCGACCAACACCUCGCCAUGGUACCAGGAGAAUGCUCCAGGCCUGAUCAAGACAAUUGCCGCGCUCGUAUUUCCGUACGGUCUAGUUAUCGUACAGAUGACUGGCAGCGACCUGUGUACUGGCAGCUUCAUGUACACGACCGUUGCUGCGUUACAUCGACGACUCAGCAUCUGGCGGAUGUUGAGGCAUUGGGUGGUAACCUUUUUUGGGAAUCUCGCAGGAAGUUUGUUCGUGUCUUGUGUGAUCGUCGGAUACGGUGGAUUAUUCGACGGAAAACUAUAUCGAGAAGAGUCGCUCCACUUUGCUUACAAGAAGCAAGUCGAGCCAGAGUGGUACCAAAUCUUUCUCAAAGGCAUCGGCGCCAACUGGUUGGUCUGUCUGGCCUGCUUUCUCGGGUGUUCGGGUCGCGACUAUGUUUCCAAGGUAGUGGGGAUAUGGUGGCCGACGUUUGCGUUCGUAUCCCUGGGGUUCGAUCACGUCGUCGCCAACAUGUUCUUGAUACCCAAUGCCAUCUUCCAUGGCUCACCAGACAUUACCAUCGGCAUGUAUGUUUGGAAAGGUAUCGCUCCUGCACUACUUGGCAAUAUCGUCGGCGGCGGCUUCUUUGUUGGUGUCCUCUACUGGUAUCUGCACCUGCAGGGUCAUGACGACACCGCCAUUGACGGCCAGCGAUACGAAUCGAUGACGAGAAGCCAGCAGGACUUGGCAGAGUGGAUAAGGUUAAAAGAAAGAAAGGGUGUAACAGAAAGUCGAGAGCAGGUUUGA